AUGGUUUACAUCACGGAAGAUCUGAUCCGUCGCCGGGCCGAGCACAACGAGUGUGAGAUCUUCUCCUUGGAGGAGGUCUCGCUGCAUCAGCAGGACAUCGAGAGGAUCGAGCACAUCGAGCGAUGGUGCAGGGAUCUCAAGAUCCUCUACCUGCAGAACAACCUCAUACCUCGCAUCGAGAACGUAGGUCGCCUGAAGAAGCUGGAGUACUUGAACUUGGCCUUGAAUAACAUCCAAGUCAUUGAAAACCUGGAAGGCUGUGAGAGUCUGCAAAAGUUGGACCUGACGCUCAACUUCGUGGGGCGUUUGAGCAGUGUGGCCGCCCUGAAAGAAAACCUGCACCUGGGCCAACUCUUCCUGGUGGGAAACCCUUGCGCGGUCUUCCAAGGCUACCGGGAAUACGUCAUCGCCACACUACCUCAACUCCAGUGUCUGGACGGCACAGCGGUGACGCGCUCUGAGCGCAUCGCGGCCAAUCAGGGCCUGGAGGAGCUGACCAGGCAGGUCCUGGAGCAGGAGGACCAAUACUUGAGGGGGAACACUUCAGAGAAGGAAGAGGGGAGCCUGACCGGACGGGAAGCCGACAAGAAGCGUCCUCCUGACUCCGAGGGAAAGCAGGAGGAUGGGACCGAGUCGGACGAGGAGCGACGGGAGAAGGAGUUCUGGAACACUCCGUGCCCCUUCACCCCCGAAUCUCGUAUAGAGGCGCACCGCCACCUGGAGAAGAAGAAGACGGCCAAGGAAAAAGACGCCCAGAAGAAAGUGAAGCCCCCAAGGACUCUGAUAACUGCUGAUGGACGGGUCUUGAAUGUCAAUGAACCCAAAUUGGACUUCUCCCUGACAGAAGACGAUGACAACAACAGGAUUGUCUUGGACUUGGCAGUGUACAGGCACAUGGAUACCUCUCUGAUGGACGUGGACGUUCAGCCAACUUACGUCAGAGUCUCCAUCAAAGGAAAAACAUUUCAGAUGGUUCUGCCGGCUGAGGUCAAGCCCGACAGCUCCACCGCGCUGAGGUCGCAGACCACGGGACACCUGCUGCUACACAUGCCCAGGGCUCAAGGUGAAAUCAAGGCGACUAAAGCUGCUCCACGUCCAUCCAAAGAUGCUGCCCCCCGCCAGCACAACUCGUAUGACCAUCCCAAGAGAGAGCGUGGUGUACCGGAGAGGCUAGAAGUUGACCCCAGCGGCAGGGUAGACAUCGCCAACAUCGUGACUCGCCGGCGCGCCGCAGAAGGCCCGCUGGAAGCUGCUCGCCUAAAUCCCGACGCGCCUCACCGUCACGUGCCCUCAGACGGAUUUAUGGACGACCCGGACGUACCGCCUCUUGUCUAA